AUGUGACCCUCCGACACGAUUCACGUGAUUGCUCCUCGGAAGGUGGAGGCUUAGGGGCAAGAUGGCGGCUUACCUGCAGUGGCGCCGCUUCGUCUUUUUUGACAAGGAGCUGGUGAAGGAGCCGGCGGGGAGCGAUGGGGCCGGGCCUGGCCCCGGGCCUGGAUCGGGGGCAACCAGGCCCCUCAGCCUCCCUCCGGGCAUCACCGUCUGCGAUUCGGGCCGGGGGAGCUUGGUCUUUGGGGACAUGGAAGGACAGAUCUGGUUCCUGCCCCGCUCCCUACAGCUCACGGGCUUUCAGGCAUACAAACUCCGGGUAACCCACCUCUACCAGCUGAAACAGCACAAUAUCCUAGCAUCCGUGGGAGAGGACGAAGAAGGGAUCAAUCCUCUGGUGAAGGUCUGGAAUCUGGAGAAGAGAGACGGUGGCAAUCCCCUCUGCACCCGAAUCUUCCCCGCUAUUCCAGGGUCAGAGCCAACUGUGGUGUCCUGUUUGACAGUUCAUGAGAAUCUCAACUUUAUGGCUAUCGGCUUUACUGAUGGUAGUGUUACCCUUAAUAAGGGUGAUAUCACCAGGGACCGGCACAGCAAGACCCAGAUUUUGCACAAGGGCAGCUAUCCUGUCACUGGGCUGGCCUUUCGCCAGGCAGGCAAGACCACCCAUUUGUUUGUGGUGACAACAGAGAAUGUACAGUCCUACACUCUGUCUGGAAAGGACUACCCUCGGAUAGAGUUAGACACCCAUGGCUGCGGCCUGCGCUGCUCAGCCCUAAGUGAUCCUUCCCAGGACCUGCAGUUUAUUGUUGCUGGGGAUGAGUGUGUUUACUUAUAUCAGCCUGAUGAGCGUGGCCCUUGCUUUGCCUUUGAGGGCCAUAAGCUCAUUGCCCACUGGUUCCGUGGCUACCUUGUUAUUGUUUCCCGGGACCGCAAGAUUUCACCCAAGUCGGAGUUCACCAGCAGGGACUCUCAGAGCUCGGACAAGCAGAUCCUCAACAUCUAUGAUCUGUGCAACAAGUUCAUUGCCUACAGCUCUGUCUUUGAGGAUGUGGUAGAUGUGCUUGCUGAGUGGGGCUCUCUGUACGUGCUGACUCGGGAUGGGAGAGUCCAUGUGCUUCAGGAAAAGGACACCCAGACUAAACUGGAGAUGUUGUUCAAAAAGAAUCUGUUUGAGAUGGCAAUCAACUUGGCCAAAAGCCAGCACCUGGAUAGUGAUGGGCUGGCACAGAUCUUCAUGCAGUAUGGGGACCACCUCUACAGCAAGGGAAACCACGAUGGCGCUGUCCAGCAGUAUAUCCGAACCAUAGGGAAGUUGGAGCCAUCCUAUGUGAUCCGAAAAUUCUUGGAUGCCCAGCGCAUCCACAACCUGACUGCCUAUCUACAGACCCUGCACCGGCAGUCACUGGCCAAUGCUGACCACACCACCCUGCUGCUCAAUUGCUACACGAAACUCAAGGACAGCUCCAAGCUAGAGGAAUUCAUCAAGACAAAGAGUGAAAGUGAAGUACACUUUGAUGUAGAAACAGCCAUCAAGGUCCUUCGGCAGGCUGGCUACUAUUCCCAUGCCCUGUACUUGGCUGAGAACCACGCUCACCACGAGUGGUACCUGAAGGUCCAGCUAGAGGACAUCAAGAACUACCAGGAGGCAUUACAGUAUAUUGGGAAGCUGCCCUUUGAGCAGGCAGAAAGCAACAUGAAGCGGUACGGCAAGAUCCUCAUGCAUCACGUGCCAGAACAAACUACCCAGCUGCUGAAGGUCCUGUGCACCGACUAUCGGCUCCACACAGACGCUGCUGCUGAGAUGGAGGGGCCUGGCUACAGGGCCAAUUCGGAGGAAUUUAUUCCCAUUUUUGCCAACAACCCAAGGGAACUGAAGGCCUUCCUAGAGCACAUGACUGAGGUGCAGGCAGAUUCAUCCCAGGGUGUCUAUGAUACUCUGCUGGAGCUGAGACUACAGAACUGGGCUCAUGAAAAGGACCCACAGGUCAAGGAGAAGCUCCAUGCUGAGGCACUCUCUCUCUUGAAGAGUGGCCACUUUUCCAGUGUCUUCGACAAGGCCUUGGUUCUUUGCCAGAUGCAUGAUUUUCAAGAUGGGGUCCUAUACCUUUAUGAGCAGGGAAAGCUGUUCCAGCAGAUCAUGCAUUACCAUAUGCAGCAUGAGCAGUACCGACAGGUGAUCGCUGUUUGUGAACGGCAUGGAGAGCAAGAGCCCACUCUGUGGGAGCAAGCCCUCAGUUACUUUGCCCGAAAGGAAGAAGACUGUAAGGAAUAUGUUGCUGCUGUGCUCAAACACAUUGAGAGCAAGAACCUCAUGCCACCGCUCUUAGUGGUGCAGACCUUGGCUCACAACUCGACAGCCACGUUGUCUGUCAUCAAGGACUAUCUGGUACAGAAGCUGCAAAAGCAGAGCCAACAGAUUGAGAAAGACGAGCUUCGGGUGCAAAGGUAUCGGGAAGAGACCACCCGCAUACGCCAAGAGAUCCAGGACCUGAAGACCAGCCCAAAGAUCUUCCAGAAGACAAAAUGCAGUAUCUGCACCAGUCCCUUGGAGCUGCCCUCUGUCCACUUUCUGUGUGGUCAUUCAUUCCAUCAGCACUGUUUUGAGAGCUACUCAGAAAGUGAUGCUGACUGCCCCACCUGUCUCCCUGAGAACCGAAAGGUGAUGGACAUGAUCCGGGCCCAGGAGCAAAAGCGAGAUUUGCACGAUCAAUUUCAGCACCAGCUCAAGUACUCCAACGACAGCUUCUCUGUUAUUGCCGACUACUUUGGACGAGGUGUCUUCAACAAGUUGACCCUGCUGACUGACCCACCUGUGAGCAGAGUAGGCACCAGCCUGGAGGCUGGACUGCAACGAGACCUGCUCAUGCACUCCAAGCGGGGAACCUAAG